AUGCUCCGCUGCUCGUGGCGCCGCACCUUCGCCUCGGCCGCCCAGCCGCCCCGGCCGCUGCGCCUGCUCUUCUGCGGCUCCGAUGACUUCAGUAUCCACGCGCUGCGCGCCCUGCACGGCGAGCAUGCGAGCAACCCGCGCCUCAUCGACGCCCUCCAUGUCGUCCACCGGCCUGGCAAGCCCACCGGCCGGGGCUUGAGGCAAAUCCGCCAAGUCCCCAUCAAGGCCGCAGCCGAAGAGCUUGCCCUCCCCGCCCAUGAGAUCGACACCUUCACAGGCUGGACUCCACCCGUGCCGUUCGAUUUGGUGGUGGCCGUGUCCUUCGGGCUCCUUGUGCCGCCGCGCAUCUUGAACUCAGCCACAUACGGCGGCCUGAACGUCCAUCCCUCGAUGCUGCCCGAUCUGUACGGCCCUGCGCCCAUCCACCAUGCUUUGCUGCGGGGAGACACGAGCACCGGCGUCAGCGUCCAAACUUUGCACCCCAAGCAUUUUGAUCAGGGCGUCGUGCUGUCUCAGACUCCACAGACCAUUCCCGAUCCCGACAACUGCACCCCCCAGCGCCUCAUCGAUCACUUGGGCCCCAUUGGAGGCGCCAUGCUGGUGCAAGUCCUCAGAGACGGCGCUUUCAUUCCUCCCUUGACGAGUGCAAUUGCAAGAUCUGAGUCUGAGCCUCGCCAUGCUUCGAAGAUUACGAAAGAGCACAGCCAUGUAGAUUUUCGUACCUGGCCCGCCGAUCGCAUUAUCUUGUCCGGACAAGGUUCUUCGAAGAGGAUCGUCAUCCAUGCAGCGAGAGUUGGCCCCGGCUCACCACCAGAAUCGUAUGCUCCGGGCACAUGGUGGGCCAAUGAUGAGCGUCAACCGAUUCUUGUACUGUUGAGGGCCACCGCAAGGGCGAAGGCACUCGACUGUUAUCCCGAGCAUUAG